GGUUCACAGAACUCCCUCCUGUGUUGACCUUUGAACUGUCAAGAUUUGAGUUCAAUCAAGCCCUGGGACGGCCCGAGAAGAUCCACAAUAAGCUAGAGUUUCCCUCCAUGCUGUACAUGGACAGAUACAUGGACAGAAACAGGGAAAUAACCAGAAUUAAGAGGGAGGAGAUCAGACGGCUGAAGGAGCAUCUGAUGCUGUUGCAGCAGCGGCUGGAGAGAUAUUUGAGUUACGGUUCAGGCCCCAAGAGGUUUCCUCUGGCAGAUGUCCUCCAGUAUGCCAUGGAGUUUGCCUCCAGUAAGCCUGUGUGUACCUCCCCAGUGGAGGAUAUAGACACAUCGGCCCCCCCUGGUGGCACAACAGGUCAACAGCUACCACCUCAGAGCAGCUCAGUUGAGCCGGACUCCCUCCCUCCCCCAGAGAGCUCAGGUCCUGCUUCUGCUUCCACUGCAGCUCCCACUGCAGCUCAGCAGCAGAGAGUACCUGUUCAUAAGCCCUUCACCCAGUCCCGGCUUCCACCAGACCUCCCAAUGCACCCUGCCCCACGGCACAUCACUGAAGAAGAGCUGAGGGUGCUGGAAGGCUGCUUACAUCGCUGGAGGAGUGAAGUGGAGAACGACACCCGUGAUCUGCAAGGCAGCAUAACCAGAAUCCACAGAACUAUUGAGCUUAUGUACUCAGACAAAUCUAUGAUGCAGGUUCCUUACCGGCUUCAUGCAGUUCUGGUCCAUGAAGGUCAGGCCAAUGCAGGCCACUACUGGGCUUACAUCUACGACCCCCAUCAGCGCUGCUGGAUGAAGUACAACGACAUCUCAGUCACUAGGUCAUCCUGGGAGGAGCUGGUCAGGGACUCCUUUGGAGGCUACCGCAAUGCCAGUGCCUACUGUCUCAUGUACAUUAAUGACAAGAAGCCAUUUCUUAUAGAAGAGGAGUUUGAUAAAGAGACUGGCCAGAUCCUCAGCGGCAUGGACAAACUGCCUCCAGACCUCAAGCAGUAUGUGAAAGAGGAUAAUGAGCAGUUUGACAAGGAGAUGGAAGAAUGGGACGCCAUGCAGGCUCGCAAGGCCCAACAAGAGAAGCUGGCCCUGGCUGCAGCAGCCGCCACAGUGGCGCCAUCCAGCACUUCCACCUCCUCUUCUUCUCCACAACCCAUGAGUAUGGAGUCCAGCCCUCCAGACAACACCGUACCACAGCAGGAUCCAGAGUACCUGGAGCAACCGUCACCUUCAAACGACUUGAAGCACCUGCAGGAAGACACGGAGAGAGCGAUCUCUAGAGCUGCUGCAGAGCAAGAGGAGAGGAGCCCGGAAGUCCUGUUAAAUGCUAUAAUGAUGACCCCCAACAUGCAGGGUAUAAUUAUGGCCAUUGGCAAAUCCAGCAGCAUAUAUGAAAAGAACGGGCCUGAGGCAGCCUUUUUUAAGGCCAUCAAGCUGGAAUACGCUCGUCUGCUGAGGUUUGCCCAGGAGGAUUCGCCACCUGAGACGGACUACAGGCUACACCAUGUCAUCGUGUAUUUCAUCCAGAACGAGGCGCCCAAAAAGAUCCUGGAGAGGACUCUGCUCACACAGUUUGCAGACAGAAACCUGGCCUUUGAUGAGAGAUGUAAGAGCAUUAUGCAAGUGGCACGAGCUAAACUAGACCUGAUUAAGCCUGACGAGGUCAACAUGGAUGAAUAUGAGAUUUGGCAUCAAGACUACAGGAAUUUCCGUCAGACAACAGUACUGAUGGUGACUGGGUUGGAGCUCUUCCAAAAGACAAAUUACGUGGAGGCCCUGAUGUAUCUCAUUUACUCGUACCAGUACAACAGGGAGCUUCUGGUGAAAGGGCUGUACCGAGGACAUGACGAGGAGUUCCUGGGAUAUUACCGCAGAGAGUGUUUGCUGAAAUUAAAUGAACAAGCGGCUGCCAUGUUUGAGACGGGAGAGGAGCCAGAGGUGACUACAGGCCUGGGCAUAAUGAACGAGCUGGUGGUGCCGUGUAUUCCUCUACUGCUAGCUCAGGAAACGGAGAAGGACCUGCUGGCUGUGGAGGACAUGAGGAACCGCUGGUGCUCCUACUUGGGCCAGGAGAUGGAAGCCAACCUCCAGGAGAAGCUCACAGACUUCCUCCCCAAGUUGUUAGACUGCUCAACGGAGAUCAAAAGCUUCCACGACCCUCCCAAGCUGCCCAGCUACUCCACGCUGGAGCUGUGUGAGCGCUUCGGCCGCAUCAUGGCCGCACUUGGCAGGGUGCCCAGCGAGGGAAGAUGAGCUCAGACUGUCCUUCAUCAUCCGGCCAGAAACCAAUGGACCUCUAUGAACCCAUGCCUUCCUUAUCAAUCCAGGGGUCACUCGCUUACGCUCUUAUUCCUCUGUUACUCUUUUGCUGCUAUAGGUUUUAUCACAAAUUUUAUUUCACAUUUCGUUUAAACAGAACAGUAGAGGAAGGAUGAGGACGAGAUAAACUGCUGAGAGGGGAACGGUGAGAUUAAUCCCAUCGCGCUUCAGCUUUGCAACAAAAAAAGCUUCAAGGUUUUUCAUAGUUAAUAUUGUUGUUGCUGUUUGGUUCCAGCUUCCCCUGCCACACUAAUAACCCCCCCACCCCCGGUUCUCUGCCACUCGUUUGGUACAGUAUUACCAUGUUUUAUUUUUCUAAGAAAGUAAGGAAGAGAGCCUUCAGAAGUUUGGGCGGCUCAGAGGAUCUCAGAUGGUCUCAUGUCUUUCUGAACUGUGCCAGAAUGAGAUGUUUUAAGUGCUGUGGUAGACGGCCGCAGGUUUCCUGUGGCUUGUUAAUAAUUUGAGAGAAUAAAAUUUUAUUUAUGGCCCUUUUAGGCCAACUAAGUGA